AUGAAACUUUGGCUUGGUGAUGAAUUUCCUCAAAAUCAUACUGCCUUCUUUUAUGAUAAGAAAUUGAAAAUGAUGAUUCAACUCGAUGAGAAUGAUAUAUUUUAUCUUGCUCCAAUAUUUAAUUCAAUAUCACUUGAAAGUCAAUCAAUUGGUGUUCAACCGUCUUCAUUCAAUGAUGAUCCUUAUUUCGAAUUAUAUAUUUCGGCAGGAAAUUCAAAUAUUUCUCCUCUCUUGACUCCGGAGACAUUUGCAGAAAAUUUUCAACAACAGCUGGAUAAUAUCAUUGAGAAAAAUAUGAACUCAACGCUAAUGAAUGAUUUCAUUCAGUUAGAAGAGUCAUCUCUCCAAACACUUGUUGAUUUACUUGCUGAUGAUAUGGUUGACAAAGAUUUUUUCAAUUUGAAUUGUGAUACACAAGAAAAUAAUAAAUCAUCAACUGCUGAUCAACAUAUAUCACCGAUAACAAGCAUACAAUCACAAUUAACCGAUCAUCUUCGUAUGGAAACCGAUGUUCAUCCUACACCCGCAAGACGAAAUUAUUUAUCCAAUAUGGGCAGGACGAGUAACAGUUGUCUUGCAUAUCUCAGUGGUAUCAAGGGACCAAAUGAGAGAGGAAAACAAAUUCGACCUAUAGUUAUUAUUCCAUUUAUUGUUCUUCAAUGGUUGCAAGAAAUUGAUUCACUUGAUUUAGUUGUUGCUUGUGUGCGAGAAACACAAGAGAAUGGUACACACGUUUGGUGGAUUGAUAAACAUAGUGAAUUUCGGACAAAAGGAUAUACAAAAGAAACUCCGGGCGUAAAUCCACUUGAACUUUCACUUACCUUGAAAGCAAUUAAAAAUGGAAAUUUCAAACUAGAAGUAAUUUUAAAUCGUAUCCCUGGCAAAAUCAACACACAACGCAAAGGUGAAUUAUUUCAUUCUCUUGAUGACGUAAUAGCCAAUCAGUUACAUCCAGCUUUACAUGAUCCAAACUCGUCGCGUCUAGCCUUAGUAAUAUCUACUCAUGGUAUGCGACAAUGGAAUACAAUCGGUCUUUCAAAUUUUAUUCAAGAACCAAAAUGCAAGAAAUCGACAAGAUCCGUUCAAAGUCAAGCCGCUUCGGAACAGCAUACUGCUCAAGUUCAAUCACAAAUACCAGCAAUUGUAGCAUCUGAAAUCGAUGACUCAAAUCGAAAUCUAAAUGUAACAUAA